ACGGAGUAUGCUUCCCAAAAACAAAGCAACUCUUCUCUUUAUUAACAGACUACCCAGAUGCGCGUUGAUAGAGCUGAAGAAAACUAUCAAAGUUUUUAAUUGAUCUAGCCGAUCCAUUGAUAAAAAUCAUAAGAUCAUCUGCGAAUGCGAGAUGGGAUACAUUCAUAGCUCUUCCCCAAUUAAAAACUUCAAUAUUUCCCUCACAAAUCAGACUAUUUAAACCCCUAGAGAAGGCCUCCGACAUGAUAAUGAAAAGCAAAGGGGAUAAUGGGUCCCCUUGCUUAACUCCCCUAUGGGGUUUAAAAAAACCGAAGGACCUCCCAUUCACAAGUAUAAAAAUAUAAGUUGCCCUUAGAUUUUCCAGAAUAAGCUUCCUGAAGUGAUGCCCAAAACCAAAAGUAUUCAAAAUGGAAUCCAAGAAACCCCAAGCCACCCGGUCAAAGGCCUUAGCCAUGUCCAACUUAAUAACUAAGUUUGAUCCUCUUGUUUUUUUAUCAAGAUGAUGUAGCAGUUCAAAAGCAGUCAGAACUUGAUAUUGGAUCCCCUUACCCUUCAUAAAACUUGAUUGCUCACUGGAUAUAAUUUUAGGCAAAAUAGUUGCUAAUCUGGAAGCAAUAAUACGAGUAUUGAUCUUGCUCAAAAAGGUAGAUAAACAGAUUGGUCUAAAAUCCCCAAAGGAUAUAGGAUUUUUCUUCUUAGGAAUGAGCACCAUAUUGACACUACCCACCCCCUUAGGUAUAGGUAUGCCUAUGAAGAACUCUUGAACGGCCAAGGUAACAUCCUGCUUAAUGAUGUCCCAACACCCUUUGUAAAAACCUCCUCCAAACCCAUCUGGACCAGGAGCAGCAUCCGAACUCAGACCCCAAACAGCUUCACGUACUUCCAUUUCAUUAGGUAAAGCCACCAAACCAUCAUUAUCCUCUGGAGUCAAAAUAUUAGGAAUGUACUGAAGAAUAUGACCAUAAGAGUCAGUAGGCUCGAACUGAUAUAAUUUUUCAUAGAAACUAACCUCUUCUCCCCCAAUCUCCGGUGUGUUGUAACACCAAUCACCAUUCUCUUUUUUUAUGGCUCUAAUAUAUUGUUUACACACCUUAUCUUUAGCCGCCCGAUGAAAAAUUUUCGAGUUAGCAUCCCCAUCCUUCAUCCACUUAACGUUGGCUUUUUGCCUCCAGUAAAUCUCCUUCUGUUUAGUUCUCUUAAGCAACUCAGCCUGUUUCAUAUGAUAAUGGGCUCGAGUUACCUGUGAUGGAUUUUCCUCAAAAGCCUUUUUGGCAUCAAUAGCCUCUUGUUCCAGUUUUGCUGUCUCCAUAAAAAUGUUUCCGAAAACCUCUUUGUUCCAAAUACGAAGAUCUGCCUUCAGAGCUUUCAACUUUAAGCACAUCCCCCCAUACCACCUAUUCUCGGGUAAGAAGCCCACUUUUGACCCACAAAACUUAAAAAAUCAUCCCUAGUGAACCACAUGUUCUGGAAACAGAACUGAGAUGGCCCCCUUGUGAAAGACGUCUCACAUAACAACAGAAUGGGACAGUGAUCCGAAGAUCCUUUGCUCAAAUGCUGAAAAUUAACUGAAUCAAAUUUAUCAAGAAAACCUUGAUUGGCCACAUACCGAUCUAACCUUUCCCAAACCCUUCCAUUCACUCUAACCCCCGUCCAUGUAUAAGAGGACCCAGUCGUUGGCAAUUACAUGAGAUUACAGCCAUCAAUACAUUCCUGAAAGUCCAUCAUAGCUCCCACUAGGGGAGUCGAUGGUCCUUUGUAUUCAGCAAGACAAACAAAGUGUUGAAGUCACCUCCCACGACCCAAGGAAUAUCCUGCCCUUGUGCAAAGUUUAUCAUACCAUCCCAUAAUUGUGCCCUCUCCCUUCUCGUAUACCUUCCAUAGACUGGCGAAAAAACAAACAGCAUAUCCAGAGGAAUAUACCUCAUUUUAAUCAACAAAAAUUGGUCCCUAUCAGUAACUGAGACCACCUCAAACACAGAAGAAUUCCACAUGACCCAUAUCUUAUUUGAUGCCGACAUAAAAAGAUUAGAAAAACCAAUAUUAUGUAAAUAGGAAUCUCCACUCGAGGAACUAACCAUCGGUUCAAUAAUUGCAAUAAAAUUAAGCGAAUGGUGCCUAACAAAUUCACGCAGCCUCGGGCACGCAGAAGCGAGGCCGCACACAUUCCAUGUUAGUAACUUCAUAAGGAAACCACAAGGGUUCCAUCCGCAUUGCUCCUCUUAGCCGCCAAGCGUGUUGUGACCGAACGAGGAGGAACAUCUUUGACUUUCUUCCUCGGAACCACUCCCAAAGUUUCAGCUUGUUCUUUUUCUAUCAUAGCCACUUUAUUCUGCAACUCCCCACACACUGAUCUCCAUGCCACAGCUAUGACAUUCUCUACCUUAUCAGCAUCCCCUUCCGACUCAUAGCCCACCGUACCCUCUUCUUCACAGACUAGAGUAUUUCCUUCUUCAAAGGAUAUUAAUUUUGUAACAUCUGUUGUCAAUGGAACAUCCUCACUGGAACCUUCCUCAUGAGAGGCCACCUCGAUCAAUCCUUCAGGCCUAUGCCCCUCCGCAUCAUUCUCUUGAGUAUACUCCACACCAAGGCCUUCACCCACAUGUCCACCCUCAAUAUGGUCCACUUCAAUAUGCUCCUCAUUGUGGACUAUCACGACACCGUUAUCCACCUUCUUGUUAAUAUGCUCAUUGUUUCCUGGUUCACAGGCUUUCUCCCCCAAUUGCACUGGUCCUUCCUUCUCUUUGGGGAGUUCUGUCUGUGGACGCUUAUCCUUGUUGCCUAAGAGCUCAACAUCUACCAAGUUUUCAUUUUUUUAGAGGAUUCUGCCACUUCCUGAGCACUUGGGGAUAAGACAAUUUCUUUGCCCUUCUUCUUACUCGUGACCUGCACCCACUCCCGUGGAGUUUUGUGGUGGUCCUGCACCACCCCUUGCUUCACCUUGCUUCCACCAUUCCUUUCCACCUGUUUAAUUAGAUUUCCCUCAAUUCUGGGUUUAAGACCACACACCUCCUUCAGGUGGCCCAGCUUAUUGCAUUUGGUGCAAUACGCCGGCAAAUCCUCAUAAUUUACAGAUUGUAUAAUCUUCUUGUUACCGCUCAGAAUCAUCACUUUCGAGGGUAGCUCUUGCAACAAAUCCAGCUCGACACAUACUUUAGCCGUAGAUGGUCUGGUCAUGUUAGCAGUCGCUGCAUCCACCUUUAAAGUCUUUCCUAUCAUACCCACAACAGAGAAUAAAGCUCGUUUGUCGUGAAAAUGCAAUGGCAAGCCAUCAAAUGUAAUCCAUACCGGAACAAUGGGCGAUUCAACCUCAGGAUUGAAAUCUGGUGUCCAACGAGUGAUCUUCAUCUUGAAACCCCGUAUAACCCAAUAUUGUCUAAGCCAACACCUUUGAAAAUCCUCUUCCAGGGAGAAUUGGGGAAGAAUGUGACAAUGAUCCAGUAAUCCAAUCGUUAAUCCUCCCUUAAAACCAAUUUUUUCAAAUUCCGAACGAAUCAAAGUCAUGGUCGGCCUGCCCCUGACAAAUGACCCCACCAAGGCAAAACGAUGUUGAUCCGCCAGUGUCGAGACCUCCUCCUCAGAGAAUUGAAUUGCCAUCAUGCCUUUGCGUCGAGUUGGGACCUUUAAUGGAAUCUCCUUAUUGGCUGCUAAGACCUCCGCAAAUGAUCGUACCGCCGCCCCCGACCCUCCGGCCGUGGCUGCCCACGUAGCUGACGUCACCAUUCGAUCGCCAGAGCCCUAGCCCUCUCUAUAUAUCUAAUAUCAACUCUUCACUAGAAGUUAUAACAUCCACACAAUAAAAAAAUAUCCAUACAAUUGUUGUGAUCCUUAAUCAAUAUUUCCAACUUUUCCAUUAACCAACUUAGCUAAUUGUGUCAAAAUAAAUGCUCUUUAACUCACACCUCAUAAUAUUAUUUCAAUUUUUCGCAUGGCUAAUUGACUCUUUUCAUUUCUUCGAGUUUGUAGCGGUUCUAUUUGAAAUGGUUGUGUAUGUUGACUUGGGAGGCGCGUCUGCUCGGACAGAUUUUGACUUGUGUAUUCUGAAGUGUAUACGAAUUGGAAUUGACUUGAGAAGCAUAUGUACUAUACGGAGGAGGAGAAAGACAAAGUACGGUCACGACAAAACCUACGGAUGCUAUACCCCUUUUAACCUUUUCCCGCAGUCCUACCUGUCGUCAUUUACGCACCCCAUUCCUGCACACCGCCGCUCUCGCACUGCCCCAAAAUUCCCUUUUUCUUCACUACCCAGAUCUCGAGACUACUCUGCUUUUUUUUCUUGCAUGAAAUCCUGAAAGUUUUCACCUUUACCUUCUUCCACCCUCUUCUCUGCAUUUUCUUUUACCUCCCAGAAACAAUAGGAACGCAUUUCCUCAUUUGGGUCUCUCUAUUCUUCAAUCAACCACCGCAAUCCUAGGAAGGGUCGGCGGUAUACGCUGUACUACGAGGUGCACAAAACAAAAACACGUCAUUUAUUAGAAAUAAUAAUAAAGCCUUGUGUUCCUGUUUGGUUGGUUUGUCACUUUAUUUUAUGAAUUUCCGGUGGUGUGUGAACAAGUCAAUGUUAUAGUUGGGCAUUGUCUUGUGAGUAGAAUAAUAUUUAUAACCCUUUUAAUUGGAAUUCCUACGCUGUGUCCACAUUCAGGUAACCCUUUCUUGGAUUAUUAUGAAUCAUUUGCGGGUGGGAAUUUGACCUGUUGUUGAGUUAACCGCAAGAAAUGCAGAAUUUUGAAGAAGGAGAAGAGGUAUUCUUCGAUUCUUCUGAGUGUUUAUCAUUUGAGGAACCUGUUUGGGAACAAGGCGACCGAUUUGGGUAUGAUAUUUGGUUGAAUGAACUCCAUAGUGUGAAGGAAAGACGAGAAAACUUCUUCUGCAAAAUGGGGACUACUUCUGAGUUUAAGUUCACAAGUGGAAGGAUUCAUGACCACCAUCUCCAAGACGCUGUGUGUUCCUCCUCUUCCUUGUCUACUUCUUCUUCUUCUUCUAUUGGGGAAGAAGGUGAAGAUUUGAAAUGUGGUGUUGGAAGGGAUUGUAGCCUUGAUGAUGCUAAUUGCUUGGUUGAUGAUGAUCUUUCUACUAGCUGCCCAGCCAUGAAAACAAAGAAGAGUAAAUGGUGGAAACCCUUCCUACAUAAGUUAAAAGGUGGCCAUUCUUGCAAGCCCGGGACGGGGGGCUUUCUAAAAGUUCGCCCAAGCCGGAAAAAGAAGUUUAUGGAACUUACUGGUUUAUAUGGUGGACAAGAGAUUAAGGGUCAUACCGGCGUGAUUAGGACAAUGAAGUUCAGUCCCAACGGGCAGUACUUGGCUAGCGGCGGUGAGGACGGGAUGGUUCGUGUUUGGCGUGUCUUAUUAGCUCCAGCUUCCGAUUUCUUCAAAUCUGAGCUUGGAAGAGGUAAGAAAUGGGGUGUUGAGAUACCUGAGAAGGUAUUCCAGAUUGAAGAAUCACCGGUUCAUGAGUUCUAUGGCCAUACUUCUGCUGUUUUAGACCUUGCAUGGUCUUCCACAACCAAUAGUCUUUUGUCUUCAUCGAAAGAUAACACUGUUCGGUUAUGGAAAGUGGGGUCUGAUGAAUGUCAUGGUGUCUUCCAUCACAAUAACUAUGUAACGUGCAUCCAGUUCAAUCCUAUUGAUGAAGACCUUUUCAUAAGUGGGUGCAUAGACGGGAAAGCACGCGUUUGGCGAGUGACAGACAAGCGAGUUGCUGAAUGGGCUGAUAUACAUGAUAUAGUGACUGCGAUAUGCUACCAGCCAAACGGCAAGGGUUUCAUUGUUGGCUCUAUAUCUGGUGUUUGCCAUUUCUAUCAAACAGGAAGUGAGCUUUACCUAGAUGCUGAGAUACAGUUUGGUGGUAGGAGGAGGUCAACUAGCAAUAUAAUUACAGGCAUUCAGUUUUUACCAAACGGUUCUCAAAAGGUUAUGAUUACAUCUGGAGACUCCAGGAUUCGUAUACUUGAUGGACAUGAGGUUGUUUGUAAAUACAGAGGUCCUAGAAAAUCAGGAAAUCACACUUCACCCGCACAUGCGACGCCAAACGGGAAACACGUAAUAUCGAUCGGGGAGGACUCACAGGUGUAUCUCUGGAACUACGAGGACAGAAGAGUCCAGGACCCCAAGCAGGUGAAAUCUGAGCGCUCAUUCGAGCAUUUCAUCUCGGAGAGAGCUUCCAUUGCAAUACCUUGGGUAGGCGAAAGCUCGUCGCAAAUGGAUCCUUCUCCUCCGAGGAUUUGGGCGGAUUCAGAGAGGUUUUCCCUUGGAAAUUGGUUCUCCACAGAAACCUCAUCUAGGGUUUCUGUGACAUGGCCCGAGGAAGUGCUGCCUCUGUACAAUGUACCGACCCCUGAAAACGGCGAUAAUCAUGUCACCGACCAUGAUCAUGAUGAUGAAGACGGCCAUCUUCGAUCAAAGCUGGUGAACAACAACACUUCGCGAUCUCCAGCCUGGGGGCUUGUUAUUGUGACGGCUGGUUUAGAUGGGAGGAUCAGGACAUUCCACAAUUAUGGUUUGCCCGUUAGGGUUUAGGAGCUUUUGUCGGUUUUAAUGAAAUUUUUUUCGCCGGGGGAUUGAUACCGGAAACGCAUAUAUGGUUGUACAAAUUCAUUGUAGAGUUCCUUAGAUGGCAGUUUAUUUACGAGUGUACACUGGUAUUUGGUGAUGGUAAAAGAUCAUUUCGGCUGAAUAUUUU